AUGUGGGUGAAUGACAACCAAUUGGUUGGUUUACCUUCCACUAUACAGAGGCUGACCAAGCUGAAAGAGUUGUCCUUGGUUGCAAAUAAACUAAAAGAACUGCCUGCUGAGGUUUGUGACCUGAGGGAGCUGACGCAUCUGUAUGUGGGAGGCAAUCCUUUAAAUGUUGAUGCAAUAAGAUGUGCCCUGAAGUUGAAGAAGAAAGGAGUGUAUGUAGCAAUUGAUAUUGCAGGUGAGCUGAGUUAUACAGUAGCAUUCAGAUUUUUCGAAUCUCUCAAAGAAAAGAAAGUUGGUUCCACAUAUUAACAUGUUCAAAAAAGCCAGGGUAAAACUCAACUAUUUGCCAAGGGAAAGGAAGUCAGUUUUGUUUUCGAUCACUUAUCGGGAGUUUGGAGAUGUAUGGGUUUGAGAAUUCAGAAUAUGUUACAACCGUAUAAGUUUCAGCCUUAAUGAUAAGUUCUCAUCUACAUAUGUUAUAAUUUGCUUGUUGUUAAAUUUUAGAUAAUCUGUGAAAAAUAACUUUUUUAACUGCAAUUAUAGGAAAAAUCAUUGAAACGUAAAAAAGUGAAAGUUAAAUGACAGGAUUUUGGGUAAUUUCUAAGGUUAAUGAACGCCCGACAUUGUACCCCAUCUUAAACAACAUAUUACAUCAACAAGAUCAACCUCAGUUUCACCUUUAUAAAAUAAUAAAAGGGAGUACCAAUCAAAUAUAAUUUUUACAACAACUGAAUUAUGUCUCGCAUGCUGAUUGGCUAAUUUUUAUUAUCAAUAAGAGGACAGGACACGUACAAUUUUAAUUUAUGCAAGACGCGGUCAUUUGCCGAGGGAAUGCCGAACUUCUUUGUUUUUGCUUAGUUUAGUUUCGUAGAAGAUUCACUUUCUGUCCUCUGAGAAAAAUAGUCAGAUAGCUCUGAUCAUAGUUAAUUAAAGUGGAAUGGUUGGGAAACCCUUUGUUAUAGGUUUUUCUUAGCUUUUUUGGGCCUCACCGAGCACAACGUUCAAGAGCAUUCCUAUCAUUUUGAAGUUAUUGACCAAUAGAAACAUUGCAUUAAUUUAUUCAGUCAUAAUUUGUGAACAGAAAAAAAAAAGGACUGUGCACGAUCAGGGAGCUUCCAACAUAGCCUACAGCACCAUUGUUUUCAACUUUGAUGUUUGCCGGGUUUCCUAAAGCUGGUUUUCAUAUGUCUGGAAAAUCCCAGACGAAAGGCGAAUUGACUGUUUCCCGACUGUCCCAGAUUUUUGCCGACUAAUAAAAACUCGAAACCGUAGAUAUCCCCGAUCAUAUAGACGGGGACAAAUCUGGAGAAUCAGGAGCGUUUCUAUUUUCCCGGCGCCUCCCAGAUUUCGCCGAUAGUCGGCGAUCAUUCCCGACAAAUGACAACUCACAUUUGUACCGUCGGGGACGUCGGCGAUGGAUCUCGCUCAUUACCAAUCCCCUAAAUUGCUGGGCUCCAGUCCCUCUAACACAAAUAAACGUGACGUCUCUCGAGAAUCUGGGCAGACUUCUGGCGAUUAUCCGAUAUAUCGGCAAAAUCUGGGAUGGUCGGCAAAAAGUAAAAUCGUCUGGGAUUUUCCCGACAUAAUAUGAAAACCAGGCUUAACUAGUCUCUUCUACUAACUAUGCUCUGAUGCAAGACUUGGCGCCCUGUUUGGAUUCUCUAGCAGAGGAAACUAAACAAGACACUUAGUUUCCAAAAGCGGAGACGACGUGCUUUAAAUUGUACAGUUUCAAAACUGCGAUUUAGAUAUUAAGUGUUUAAUAUUCCUACAUAGCUUUAAAGUUAAAAAAGUAAGAAAACAAUUCUGAAAGUAUAGUUUAUUAAAAACAAAGAGAUUGUUAACGGUAGUUUUCCUUGGCAAGUACUGAGUGUUUUUCUAAUCCUUUUUUCCGAAAGCUAAACAAAAUUUUUGUACAAACUUUAUGAAACUUUGUAAGUACCUGGUGAGUUGAAUUGAAAACUUCAUGCCUUUAAAACCCACCUUUCGGUUUGAUUGUACACAGCUCAUAUGGCUGAAUGGCGUUCAGGACAACAAACAAGAUGAGAACUGAAGUGAUCAACCGGCCGUACGUACACGAUUUCUGUUCGUACUGAUUGGUCAGCAGCUCCUCAAAACUACCAGGCUAUAGUUUAAUCUACAGACAGCUCAACUGUACAUUGCUUCGACUUGUUCGGUUACUUCAACAGCUUCAAAAUCUUUCCUUGAGAUAAUAUUUAACCUUGGGCUAGUUAACCACUUUAUACAGCCCUAAAAUGCCUCCAUUUUUCAAGACAGAAAAUAGCGCUGUUCUCAUUCUUGUUUGAAUUGCUAAACAAUUUAAAUUCCUAAUUUAUGCAGGGCAGUGGCGUGACUUAACCUGUCAAAUUUUUGACAUCAGUAGCCAAUCACCAAGCGAGAAAAGUUAUUAUUUCGGCGGAGCGCGAAGUAAAGGAUUCGCAACGCUCAGGAAUGUCCCAAAGUUGCUUUUUUUUAGACAAGAUUGGGCACGCAAAGUCUGUAGGUUUUCGGUUUUAUUCGGCCAUUUGACAAAGUGAGAGCCAAAUUAGUUCGAGAUAUCAAGAGAUCACUUCGAUUUCUUUGAUUUAUUCUUUAGCUUAGAAUUAUUAAUUUGGCUUUCCCGGGAUUUGAACCGACUCACCUGUGUGACCCGUCAGAUCAGAGGAGACUCUAAGUUGAGGGAUCAGCCGAUUGCGCCACUGCGACCCAAGGUAGUUUGGGAUAUGAAAAAUAGCAAUGAAAUUAUGCACUAGUUUUGGGACAAGAUUGGGCGCGCAAGUUCGUGACUUUUCGGCUUUUUUGGCUAUUUCACGAAAUGAGACCGCAAUUACUUCGAGAUAUCUUGAGAUCACUUCGAGUUUAGUCUUUAAUUUACUCGAAGAAUAAGUAGUGUUGAAAAAAAUUUCACGAGUUAGCGCACCUUAAAAAAAAUGCUGCAAGACGUUUUGUCUUUGUUGAGUGCUACGUAAUAAAAUUGCUGUCAUGCGUUGGGCGACUUUCUCGAACGUUCUCUACGUUUUUGCAUCAUUCAUGAAUAAUUAAUUAGGGCAUGUUGACAUUUCAGCGCGAGUCAGCAGAUUUGCGUCAGUUACUGAAAUCAUAAAAUAUGUCGAAAAGCUACUACUAUUCGCCUGUUUAGUAUUUCCUAGAACCUUAUGUGAAACAGUAUACAAGUUCCAAGCAAGUUGUUUUGACGAACUAAGUCUUUUCCCAUGAGCUGCAGUGCUGUGUUUAGUCAAGUGUGAUGAAGGUCGAAUUUCAAGUUCUGUGCUUACAAGUUGGCGGAAGCCGUAAGAUACCUGAAGUUCAAGUGCGAGUUUGUGAUUAUUGGCAGAGGCUGUUUAGUUUUACUUAAGUUCAAGUCAAGUUUGUGUAGGCGGAUGCUGUGUUUUAAAGCUCUGUAAAGACUACGUUCCUUUGGUAUUAAACUUCCUUGUGUUAAUACGAAAUCCGUGCGUGCUGAUGGUCAGUGAAUAAUUAUCCUCAAAACAUUCAACUCGUAACAUUGGUUUUAGCCAAUUCCAUGCUCAACGUAAUUGACUCCUUACCCAUGCCUUACAUAUCUUUUAUCAGUAGAUAAGAUGAUUAUGCUGUUUUUGAAGCCUGAUGUAAAAAAAGUAGAGAAUUCUUUUUUCACUGUUUGUUUUGUUAGACUUGUUACUGACCGCCAGUAACCUCAUAUUUUACCGGCCGUCGAUAAAACCCGGAACGCGGAACAUUCCAAAAACAAGAACAAUUUCUUCUACUCGGAUAUGAUAUCGGUUUCUUUUUCUUUCUUCAUUUGUUGUUUUUAUGUUAUUUUAUGUUACUUUGUUUAUUAUUAAUUUUUACAAAUAUUAUUUUAUUAUUUUUAUUCUAUUUACUUUUUUUUAAUGAAAAUUAUUUUUAUUUUUCGCAUGCUACGGAAUGUUCCGUGUUCCUGGUUUAAUCGACGCCGUAUAAAUAGACUUGGGUCUAAACGUUUAGACCCAAGUCAAAUUUAGAAGGAUUUGUAUGGAGUCAUCAGAGCAUACCUGGGCUAAUAUCUCAGAUACAAUUUGCCCCGAAAUGCUAGUUUUUGGCAAGUAUGCCUCUUGGAUGUUGCUCUUUUCAGAAUAUCCUGACAAAUCCCAUAAUUUCACAAACUGACACCUUACUCUUACCAUGUAUCAUUUCUUACUAUUCCUCCACAUUUACAGUUAAUCAGGUCCACAACCACGACGCUGAAGUGUACGCUCCAUAGCGUCUUGUUGACAAUAGCAUUGCGCUAGUGUAAAAAAGUCAUAAUUUUUCUUUUGUUUUCUUCAUUUUUACCGGCAAUAUUUGACUAUCUUGAGCUUUUGUUAUUGUAAAAAAUGGUAGUGUUAAACAAUGUUAUGAUGUCAUUUUAUCAUCAACAAGAGGACAGAUGAUAAAAAACUGGCGUCAAUUUGUUAAAUUCCCACAACUAUAGAAUGGUGUCUUAGUAUGUGUAAUCAAAUGGUGACGAGUGAAAUUAGGGAAUAAUUUCACGCGCGUUUUGUCGAAAUCCUAAUAAUACUAAUAAUGAUACUAAAGGCUCUGGAAAUUAUUAGGAUUUGGACAAAACGCAAGUGAAAUUAUUCCCUAAUUUCACGAGUAUACCAUUUGAUUACCUAUUAAUACCAUGGGUGACGAAUUACGUUAGCAAUCUUGGAUUUUUAAUAUGUCUAUCCUGGAUCGUAUCGAUUGAGAACUCCACUCUCUCAAAUGUUUAGACCUUAAAUUUGGCGUACAAAGUUCAGAAUUUUUCAGACUUUUUCGGCAAAAUACCUGUUAGAAUCCUUCUUGAUGUUCUCUUGUGUGUUCGGGUUUUCUAAAGCGUCUUUUUGUGCCCUGACAUCUUCAUUCACUUCGUCGCCAUCGUGACACUAAGACGUACGGAGGGUUGCCAUGGCAAUUUUGUAAUUUCACAUGUGAAAUUACAAAUUAACGCUGAAAUUUCGCGCCAAAAUUAAGGAGUAAUUCGUCACCUAUGAUAUUGUAUCUGUAACACUGGAAAUUCUGGUUACAACAGAGUAUUGAAACCAUAGUGAAAAAUAAGAAGUAAAGAUGAAUGAUUAUCAUAUCAUUGGUGUGGGGCAAAGCCUGGUCUCAGAAAAAAAUUAACCCCUCCCCCAUGGCCUCUAAAGGUGAGUCGUGAGAUGUAACUACACAUGUCAUAAGUACUGCUCUGAUCGGCAAUGUUGGACUGGAAACUAAACCGCUAUAACGACAUUAAUUAUCUUUAUUUAGUCGUCGUUUUUUUUCCACCAGUUCCUUCAGAAAUAGAAGCACUCGGAGAAAGAGCACAGCUUGCUUAUCAAAGUGCUCUUAAAGAUGGAGCUGUCAAUGUUUACCGUGGUCGAGUGUUUCUUAUUGGCCAGGAUCGGGCAGGGAAAACAAGUUUAAAGAAGUCUCUCAUUGGUCUACCAUUUAAUCUAAAAGAAAAAAGUACUGAAGGAAUUGAAGUGGAUCCUUCAAAAUUUCAAUUGGAUGUAGAUGCAGCUAAGAAUUGGCAACCCAUCCCAGAUGAGAAUAAACAAGGGUUUUUGGGAUGUUCGAACAAUGUGGCACAGAUGGUGGUGAAAAGACUUUGUAAUAUUCCAGGUAACGAUAACUGGGCUCCGGAGGAGAAAGAACCGAAGGAAAAAGCCACCAGGGACCUUCAAAAUGAUGAUAACGAAAAUAAGGAACAGUUUGGUACUGAUGAAGAACGGGAGAAGGAUUUUUUUGUGAACCAGGUUUGUCAGGCUUAUUUGCUCAAAUACCAUCAGUUUUUAAAACUCACUACAUAUCUUCAUUUUACAAAACAGGCCGACACAACCACAAUCGGAAACAAAAUUACUUGAGACACUUCACCCUAAAGGGACUUUCUGACGUUUUACUGACUUCAAAACGGGGAAAAAACGAUUUUCCUCCCCCAUCGGCCCUCCAUGCAGUGUUGUGCCGCUGUUCUAGCUACCUGUAGAUGGGGUGUGGAUUCUUUUGUUCUCUGAAGUUACCCUAUUUGAGUACAAUACUUAACUUCACACUAGAAGCUAAGUAAAUCUCAAGUAAGCUCUUAAUGCAUGUGCACUUGAAAAUCUCUCUGUAGAAAACAUGGCUUCACACUUGUUGACAAAGAAUAUUACUUGAAGUACAAGCUGUCUAUUAUUUUUCGGGGUGAAAUCGUUUAUGCAUAUCACAACGUGAUUGCUCGUGACAAAAACUAAAACUAUGAGGCCUUUGCGUUGGAAAAUAGCUUUUUGUAGUUUCUUCUUUAUUUUUUCAUCAUUUUAACACAGAGGGUUUUAACCCUAAAAGAGAUGCUUAAGUGCUUCGUUUUUUUACGAGUAGUUUAUAGGAGCGGCAGAAAAACAAAACAAAAAACAAAAUCUUCUUCAGUAUUUUACUAGAAUGGCUGAACAACGCGCUUUUUGGCAAAGAAAUCGCCUUAGAGCUUGGGCUCGGCCUCUCCUGCGAUGCUCUCAGCUAACCGAGACAUGGAUGUUUAUGUCUGUUCAUUAUAAUCUCGGGACUGCUGCACGUACACGUCAUGCACAUCGCUUUCAGAUAUCUUCCAUUUGUUAUUGGUCAAGUGUUUUCUCAAGUGUGGUGUCGACCAUACUUGGCAGCGAACUUCGACUUCUCUGAACUACGAACGUUUCCGUGGUCACCAAGUGAAGUUGAAGUAGGUACAUUUCACUGACCCCUUCACACUCAAAGUAGUUUCCAGUACACCGAGAUUAUACCGUAUUUCCUCAAAUAAUAGCCGUCCCUCGAUUAAUUGCCUCCCUUGGACGGAAAUAUGUGAAAUAAUCGCCUCCCCUCCGCUCCUUUCGCCAUCUUAUCUUCCUUUUAUCCCCUCCCUGUCCAAGUGUAAGUGCAAGGUGAUCCAGCAAAUCUGAUCAUUGACGAUUCAAGCUAUGAAAAUUAUUCCAGGAACUAAUUUGUUUUGAUUGACGUCAUCAUGCCUACUACAGAACAUCAUUGGAAUGUGGUGAUUUCGUUAUUUUCAGUGCGUGACAUUUCGUGUCACGCUUAACAUGCCUUGGCAUCGUGCGAUGUAGCGCCUCACGAUUUCUUAUUCUUUCCUUUAUCGAAACAAGGAAAAAAGUGAAUAGGACAGAAAAUGAAAUAGUUUUCUAGGCAACAUAGCAGUCAUAAUUGCUGAAAAUUGCUGUUUAGUAGAAAUGUCCACGGGUAAACCAAGUUGAGUAUAAUAUGAAAUAAUUAAAUUAUCUUUUAGAACUAAAAGAAAAAAAAACUAAAAAUACUGCGAGUGAAGCAUUGCAUUUCAAUUAAUUUGAAUCAGUUGCAGUCUAUUUCUAUUGUUGAUAUUUGACUGUUAAAUAACUGUGCAUGUAACGCAACACGACGCGAAGGCGAUGAAUAAAAACCGAAAUUCGAACCAAGAUAAGUGUUUGUAUCAAGCUACAUCGUAUAAAAGUCCGUGAGAAUAAAGCAGCUUAUUACAAGACUUACGCAUUCAAUAAAUACAACAAAGCCUGGCUGAAUACAAAUUUAGCCAAAACACCGACUUUAUUUACCGUCACGAGUUCCAGGAAUUGCUUGAAAUAUUCUGAGAAACGUAUUGCUUCAAUUCAAAGGAUUUUUUUACCUUCACUUGCCUUAAUUCACACUCUUCGCUUGCAAAAACGUGGCUUUCUGUACGAAACAGGAUAUCUCCCGGGCUUUAAGUUUUCUUCGUGUAUUCUUUAGCUUCAAAAUAGCCUCGAUCUCGAGGGACAAACUUGAAAUCGAGGCAAAUACGGUGAUAUACAUACAUCCAAAAGUCUCAAAUGAGGCUGGCUUCGGGCACAGGCAACACAGGCUAGUCACGUACGCGAGCUAAAUUAGUCUGGUGACCUUGCAACAACAAAGUUGGUUACUUGUGGUUACUCGUGGCUAGUCUCCUCCUAACUUCAUAGUUUCUACUGUAAAGUACAUUCUUCCAAGACUCUCAUAAGUAUAUGGGCAAAUAAACUACUGCAAAGAUGUAGCGAUGCUAUGCAGCUUUGCUUUGUGUAAGAAGUCGGAGCAUUUUCUUGUCUAGUGCGAAAAACGAAGACACUCUGUGAGAGCGUAGAAAAUUCGUAUAAAUACUUCAUAUAAUCUGAACUAAUGAUGUAACAGCUAUAAUAAUCCUAUAAGCUAUACAUUAUUUUACUACUUACGUGAAGGGGGACCAAAGCGUUAGCACAAAUAUGUUUGGAAUGUGCAACCAUUUGUGCACGUUCGGAAUGUACAACCAUGUCGAUAUUCUUGACGAGUUUUGUCGGGAUAUUCGGUCAAAAUUGGGUUCGAUAGAAAAACGUAAGGAGUAAUCGGAACCAAUUCAAAUCAAGGAUAAAAGAUCACGACGAAUUUCAGUGUUUUCGGCUAGGUUUUGACCCAGCAAGCACUGAGCGAACAGAGCCUCGAGUAAGAAGAAAAUUCAGUGAGAGACUGAAGUUUGUUAUUAUUGCUCGAUUCCCUUGGCCUUUGUAUGUUGUUGUUUUCUACUUCCUUUUCUUGAUUUCAUAAACCUGUCAGCAGUACGCAUCGAUUUUACAAAGUACAUUUCAACCUAUACAAAACAACAAACACCUCAACUUUGAAUAGAGGGGACAGGGGAGGGGUGUGGAUUCUCUUGUUCUCUGAAGUUACCCUCUUGAGUACAAAUGUCUCAACAAUUUUGUCGCCGAUUGCGGGUUCUAAUGUAUGUCAAGACCUGGAAAAAUGUAGUUCAUGUUGAAAAAGGUGAUAAAUUUUUUAAACCAAAACUUCCAUCGCUGAUUUGACUUAAACAUUUUUUGGACCUGAAAGCCAUUAAAGCUUUAUAGGUCCUUUCAACUGACUAUAGCUGUAACUGUAUAAACUAUUAACACUUAAAUUUUAUGGUAGUUCGAAUAACGGAGAUGAUGCAAUUGGUAUCGUUAGAGAAAGUCAUUAGACCGCACACGCCAUUAGUUUUUUUUCCAUUUAAUCCUUAUACCGUGGAACCUCUAUUCAAGGGACACAAGAUAUGUUUGGUAACGGAAAAAUAUUCACGUAAUCUUUGUACAAUCCGUUACUACGGAUAACACCCUCCUCGAUCUGCUUAAUUCUUCAUAUCCUACGAAAGCCGAAUCAUAAAUCGCUUUUUAUCGGUAAUUAAUGUAUAGGUGAGCUAUUAAGGGAAUAUUUGCCUUAGUCUCUGGUUCCACUCUAAUAGGUAGAGAUUUCAACAUUCUCAUAGAAAUCGUAAUGUUCUUUGUCAGUCACCUCCAAGUUAAUUUCUGACUAAUUUUCUCGUCUUAAUGUUUUGGAAACCUUUUUGGUUAAAAAAGAUUACCCCAUGCCUCCAGUAAUCAUGCCUCAAUGUUAAUAUUAAAUUAUUUCUACGAAGUGAGGUGUUGAGGCCAAUCCUCAACAAGAGAACAAUUUUGUUUUCCUAAGUCCGUUCCAUUCCAUUUUUGUAAUUCAUACUCCCAGCAUGCUCAGUGAGCGCGUCUCAGUGUCGUCGUGUAGCGAGAAAGAAACCAUGUGCCUUGUAACGCGCUAGUCGCCGGGAGUUUCUCAUCGUAUGGUGAGUCUUAGGAGCUCGUGUAUUUCCAAAUCCCGUUCCAACAGUGAUUAAGUGUUUGUUUUGUAGGUUUUUACUUGCGAGGUGAAGCUUGUUAGCCAAAGAUGAGACUCCAAUUCCGAUCCUGUUGUGUUGUUAAGAAAAUAUGCUGAGUGUGCAACUCUCGAUUAUUAAACUUGUGUUCAAGAACCCUUGUGUUGUGAAGGCGCGUUUUGUCCCCUGGACAUCUUCUUAAAAACCAUACGAGCAUCUUGCCUGUGAUUAGUGGACGUCCAAAGUCUUAACUGUGAAAAUAUUUGUACGUGUGAAUCGAAGUGACAUCAAAGGUCAUGACUCAACGAGGAAUCCUACUCGAGCGUUUGGAGGUGUUGGACAGAUCCCGAAGGGGAUAUUUGUCUAAUACUACGAAACUGUGUCAUCAACUGGAUGAAAAUCUCGGAGACUUCGGCAACGUCGUCAAGAUACGAACCGUACAAACUAGCCUUAAUUCCGCGUGGGAGCAGUAUUGUGUUUGUGUUGAGAAAUACGGUGAUUUACUCGAUACCAGCUGUGAAAGGUAUCAAAGAGUCUUGAGCGACCGUGCGGUUCAGCAGUCAAGAAUACAAGAAUGCAAUGAGAAAAUAGAUCAGUUUAUUGCCAGUGCCGCUGCCUUUUAUAACAGUCAAGUGCUAGAAGAAGUAAAAUCAAUCAAGGAGUGUACCCCUCCAGAAUCUGUGAAAUCUAAUGGUAGUCAGGUCUCAAAUCAAAUGUGUGUAGCUCCAGGUCCCAAAGGGCUAAAAUAGAAGCAGCGAAGGCCCUAAUUUGCAGCAACAAGCUGAAGAAAGAAGUAAGAAGCUAGUAGAACUGGAGGUAAAAAGAGUCGAAAUGGAAAUAAAACGAACGGAAUUAGAAUUGCAACACCGAUUAGAACUCACCAAAUUGCAAGCAGAAAGGGAAGUUACAGCUGCAAGAAAUCAAGUAGAACUAGCCAAUUUAGAGGCUUCCCUUGCAGAACAGGAAAUAUCUGAUCCAGUCACUGGCCUGGAGGGUAUCAGAUGGUCUCCAAAUCUUGACCUAAAGGACUCAAAGUCUCAAUCCUCAAGGGUGCCACCCGAAACUCUAACAUCUGUUAUUAUUGCCAAUAAUGUACCAGUGACCAAGCCAUCUCAUACAUCAACACCAGGAUUAGUAAAUGCCCAGACUUCCAAUACACUCACUUCUGGAAACACUUAUUUCAAGGUGCCAAGUGUAAGUUUUAGAACCCCUACUGUUACGGAUGAGGGUACACCUGAGACUGUUAAACCCCGUAUUCAAGACAACGGCCAGUCACAACCUGCUGACCCACCCACUGAAGAAACCCCAUGCCUCACGAGCACCAACCGCUGUACAGCCACACCCAGUGCUGCUGGUUCAAUUGUGAAUGAAAGUCUUGUCACUAUCAUGUCUUCAAUGGAGAAAAUGAGUGCCGCCUAUGAUCUACCACAUGUUCAAGUUCAGAAGUUUGAUGGAUCCCCUAAAAAUUACCCAGCCUUUCGUCAGAGAUUUAAGCAGUUGGUUGAAACCAGGCCUCUUAGUGAUGCUGUGAAAAUGACCCAUCUAUUACAGUUCUUGAACGGUCCUGCCCUGACCGCAGCGCAGAGAUAUGAACCAAUGCCUGGUGGCCUGGCAAAGGGACUCAAGACACUAGAGGAACGUUUUGGCCAGCCAUUUCAAGUAGUGAGAGCAUGUGUUGAAUCACUUACGAAGGGACCUGCUAUACAAGCAAAUGAUAAGGACAGCCUGCAGCGCUAUGCUGAUACUGCGCAAGUUACCUAUAAUACCUUAGAGUCAUUGGGAUACCUUAGUGAGAUGAAUAUAGAUAAUCUGGAGAAAGUCAUCGCGCGGCUGCCAAAGUGGAUGCAAUCCAAAUUUGCCGAACAUUUGAAGAAUUUCGAGCGUAAGGGAGAGAAGAUGCCAAAUUUCAAGGAUUUUGUAGAUUUCCUCAAGGAGAGAGCGUUUGUCCUGAGCCACCCUUUCUUUACUAAGUCAGCAACUCCUAAGGGUUUUACCUAUUCUUUAACAGCAAUAAACCCUGAAUCCUGUGCCAUGUGCCAUCAACACCAUCCACUGUACCGUUGUGAAGUAUUCAAAUCCAAGUCUCCGAGGGAGAGAAAUGACUUUGUAAAACAGAAGAAGAUUUGCUUCAAUUGUAUCAACUCAAGUAAACACAACUCAGAGAAGUGCAAGUCCUUAAUCACGUGCAAGGUAGAAGGUUGAGGGAAGUCACAUCACACAUUGUUACACUUCACUGAACCUAAAGACAGAGGGAACCAGCAAAGAGACGGUCCUAACGGUGAGGACGUUAAUCAAGGCUUAAGGCCUAAUCAAGCCACUAUUUCUAUGUGCUCCACAGUGGCCGCAGUUAGUUCGUGUGAAGUGUUGCUUCAAGUCAUCCCAGUUCGAGUGAUUAGUAAUUCUGGCAACCAGAUUACUACCUUUGGCCUACUAGACUCAGGCUCCGACAUAACCAUGAUUGAUCCGUCUCUCGUGAAACUGCUGAAAAUUAAGGGCUCACCAAGUAAGCUGUCACUCACGACAGUAAACAAUGCCGAUACAGAAGAAGAGGGUCUGAGAGUCGACUUCCAAAUUGCUUCAGUAGACAGCGAGAAUGACCAUCUGAUUGAUGUCAAAUCUGCCUGGGCUGUAAAGGAUCUUACAAUUCCCCUAAAGCACACAAAGGUGACAAGGUCUGUUGGACAGUGGCCACAUCUGCAACAAGUGUGCUUCCCGGAAGUAGAGAGAAGUAAGAUUUCUAUCCUGCUUGGUACAAACAUCCAAGAGGUCUUCAUACCGCUUGAAGUUAAAAGAGGUAAACCAAAUGAGCCAAUCGCAAUCAAGUCCUGUAUUGGUUGGAGUAUACUUGGUGGCUGUCCCAGUGUACCUUCUUCCACUCCUGUGCAAGUCAAUCUCAUUAAUGGGGAGGAUGUUACCCUAAGUGACCAGCUUGAAGAAUUCUGGAGAGUCGAGUCCUAUGGUACGAGCAAGUGUGAAACCAAGCCCCUGUCUGUGGAGGACCAAAGAGCUAUGAACUUGAUAUCCAAUUCAAUCUGUAAAAGUGAUGGCUAUUAUGAGAUGGGCCUCCUGUGGAAACGUGACAAUCCUGUGCUUCCUUACAACAGAACACUAGCUGAAGCGAGACUGCUGCACUUAAAGAGACGCUUCCUUCGAGAUCCAGAACUUGAAGUCAAAUAUAGAGCUGUGAUUGAAGACUGUGUGACCAAGGGAUAUGCAAGAAAGCUCACGAAGGAGGAAGCAGCAACAGUCAGCAAAACCACAUGGUUCCUGCCUCACCACCCAGUAAGCAAUCCGAACAAGCCAGGCAAGGUGAGAGUGAUGUUUGACGCGGCUGCAAGAUUCAGCGGCACAUCCCUAAACGAACAGCUCCUACAAGGACCUAGUCUGACAAAUGACCUGUCUGGAGUGUUGAUUCGUUUCCGUGAAGAAGAAAUUGCCUUCUCAGCAGAUAUCGAGGGCAUAUUUUACCAGACCAGAGUAACCCCAAGUGAUACAGAUUCUCUGAGGUUCUUGUGGUGGCCUAAAGGUAUUGACGAGCCUCCAGAAGAAUACAAAAUGUUGGUCCAUAUUUCUGGUGCUAAGUCUUCACCCUGCUGUGCCAACAAGGCGUUAAGCAUGACAGCACAAGACAAUGAAGAAAAUUACCCACCUGAAGUGAUCAGAACAGUUCGUAGAAAUUUCUAUGUGGACGAUGUCCUGAAGUCCGUCCCAAAUACUGACCAAGCCAUACCUCUGGCCUCAGAUCUUAUGAAGUUGUUGAGAGAAGGAGGAUUCCGCCUAACAAAGUUUGCGAGCAAUAGUCGUGAAUUACUAGCCUCAAUUCCUCCCGCGUCCAGGGCGAAUCCCAAGUUGGACCUAGAUCUAGACCAGUUACCCUUAGAGCGAGCGUUGGGUGUCUACUGAGACGCACAGUCAGAUACUUUUAAGUUCAAGGCCUUACAGGCGUACAAGCCAUCCACCAAGCGAGGAGUACUUUCCGUCGUAAGCUCCCUAUUUGAUCCGUUGGGAUUUCUUUCACCAUUUGUGUUCACAGCCAAGAUUCUGUUACAAGAGCUGUGGAGGCAGAAGUUGCCUUGGGAUAAAGAAAUUCCAGAGCCGUAUUCGUCCCUCUGGCAGAAGUGGUUGCAAGAGCUGCCGUGUGUUACUACAAUCGAGAUACCAAGGUGUUACAAGACCCAGUGCCUUAGUACACAAGCCACUGUGCAGUUGCACAACUUUUCCGAUGCGUCAAGGCAUGGUUAUGCAGCAGUGUCUUACCUACGGUUCGUUGAUGAACAAGGAGUGAUCCACUGUUCCUUCGUUAUGGGGAAGACCAGGAAUGCGCCCAUUAAAGAGUGGACUAUACCUCGCCUAGAACUGCAAGCGACAGUGUUAGCGGUACGGCUAAGUAACUCAAUUCUGACGGAGCUUGACCUGCAAGUAGAUGAAACCUUUUUCUGGUCUGACUAAAUGACGUUCCUGCAAUAUAUCAAGAACCAAACUAGGCGCUUCCAAACCUUUGUUGCGAAUCGCGUGGCCGAGAUUCAUGAAUCAACCUCCCUAGAACAGUGGCAUCAUGUCCCAGGUAGUAUGAACCCCGCUGAUGAGGGUUCACGAGGCGUCACCAUAGAGCAUUUCCAACCCGGGUGUCGGUGGUGGUCAGGUCCUUGCUUUCUGUGGCAGCCUGAACAACACUGGCCUAAUGCUCAGAUGGAAGACAUUCGAAGUGAUGAUAAAGAAAUACGAAAACCAGCCAUAAUCAUGUUCACCUCUGACACGUCCCAAGUUGAUCUCCUACUACAGCGCUAUUCGUCGUGAGCCUGUUUGUUGAGAGUGAUGUCGUGGGUGCUUCGCUUUGUCAAGCCACUAAAGACGGAAAAACCUGAAUGUGUCGUCGGACGUACACUUACCCUUGUUGAGCUUCAGGAAUCUAGCGAAGUAAUUACCCGACUGGUGCAGCGCCAACAUUUCCGUGAAGAGUACAUGGCUUUGAAAGAAGGCAGACAGGUGAAAUGUAGCAGUAGUUUGGCCACUCUUAGUCCGAUCCUAACUGAUGGCAUUAUACCUGUUGGAGGAAGAAUUCACCGUGCGCCGAUUACCUUUGAGGCCGCCCACCCAGUGAUUCUUCCAAAGUCAAGCCCUGUGUCUGUAUUGAUAGUUCGUUACUACCACCAUGUGCUGGGCCACGCAGGCCGUGAACAUGUGUUGUCCGUCCUCCGCCAACGUUACUGGAUACUGAGAGGAAGAGCUUUGGUGCGUCAGAUCCUGAGCAAGUGUAUAAGUUGCCGCAAGCGGAACAUGCCUGCCCUACAGCAAGCGAUGGCGGACCUGCCAAAGGAAAGGCUGGUACCUUGUCAUCCCCCGUUCACCUUUACGGGCCUCGACUUCUUUGGCCCCUUCUAUGUGAAGCGCGCUCGUAGCGUUAUCAAAGUGUAUGGUUGCAUAUUCGUGUGCUUUAACAGCCGGGCAGUUAACAUCGAAGAUGUUAGUUCCUUAGAAACAGAUACGUCUAUUUUGGCUCUCCGCCGGUUCAUCACUGUUCGCGGCUGCCCUGAGGAAAUCUGGUCAGAUAACGGCACGAAUUUUACUGGCACUGAGAGGGUACUUCGGCGUUCGGUUCGAAAACUAAAUGAAGAACAAAUCAAGAGAGAGCUACAUUCGUACGAUGCGGAUUGGUUCAAAUAUGUGUUGCCAAGGUGGCGUUUCCAACCCCCUACCGCGAGCCACAUGUCAGGCGUGUGGGAGAGGCUUAUUAGAAGUGUGCGGAAGGCUAUGAAUGCUGUCUUGAGCAAACCAGGCGCUACAAUCCCUUUGGAAACCCUGCGUACCGUAUUCGCCGAAGUCACGUCCAUUCUAAACAGUCGUCCCAUUUCCCCAGCAAUUGAUGAUCCAAGUGACAUGGAGCCACUCACUCCAAACCACCUACUUCUACAGCGGCGAAAUCUCGCCAUACCCCCAGGUGUCUUCGCCAAGGAAGAGCUCUACUCACGCAAGCAGUGGAGACAUGCGCAAUUCCUUGCUAACUGUUUUUGGUCGCGAUGGGUUCUAGAGUACGUGCCCACCUUACAGCAACGCCACAAGUGGCUACUAAAUAAGAGGAAUUUAGCGGUGAAUGACCUGGUUCUUGUGGUGGACAAAACUGUGCCGAGAUCCCGCUGGUUGCUGGGUCGCGUAACGAAAGUGUUUCCUCGUGAAGAUUCACGUGUCCGCACCGCCGAAGUGAAGGCAAAGGACUCUUCUCUUUCUCGUCCUGUGACCAAGCUGUGUCUCCUUGAAGAAGCUGCUUGACGGGUUUGCCGUAGAGUGCACUGAACGUUGCAAGAUUAAGCUGAAAACAUUGUCGUGAACUAACAGUCGGUUUAGAACUUUAACAUUCAUUAGUGAUUGUCUUCGGGGGCUCGUUCAGCCCUACCCCCCGGGAUGUUGAGGCCAAUCCUCAACAAGAGAACAAUUUUGAUUUCCUAAGUCCGUUCCAUUCCAUUUUUGUAAUUCAUACUCCCAGCAUGCUCAGUGAGCGCGUCUCAGUGUCGUCGUGUAGCGAGAAAGAAACCAUGUGCCUUGUAACGCGCUAGUCGCCGGGAGUUUCUCAUCGUAUGGUGAGUCUUAGGAGCUCGUGUAUUUCCAAAUCCCGUUCCAACAGUGAUUAAGUGUUUGUUUUGUAGGUUUUUACUUGCGAGGUGAAGCUUGUUAGCCAAAGAUGAGACUCCAAUUCCGAUCCUGUUGUGUUGUUAAGAAAAUAUGCUGAGUGUGCAACUCUCGAUUAUUAAACUUGUGUUCAAGAACCCUUGUGUUGUGAAGGCGCGUUUUGUCCCCUGGACAUGAGGUUUACUAUUUUUGUUGAAAUUCGCAUCGCCUGUGGGAUGCGUGUGGGCUCAUUGUGGAGAGGUGGAAACUCGAUUUGGCUAUGAGUAGGGUGUGAAGAAUUGAGAUCGAGGAGGACAUCCUCCGAUUGAGGUUCUGCGAUGGACGUUUUUGUAGCUAAUGAAUCAACACUGGGUGUUUUUUUGUUUUUCGUAUUCUCUGGUGACUUAGAAUAUAUGUUAUACAUCAUAUUUGAUCUACGGAUAAAGUGAUGAAGUGAAUUUGAUCCUGCAAUAUAAGUGGUUGAAAAAGACCCCUAUCCACUCGAUCCCUAACAUUUAAGACGACAGGACUCAACACUCUAUCCAUUGAGCUAAUUAAGCCAACUGGGGGAAAGUAGGCUAUUGCGAGUUCGUAAUAUACACGAUGGUGGGAAUGUAUUAAAAUGACUCCCAAUUAUGAAAUAAGUUAUGUAUUUGAACUGCUUUUCGUACUCUUUAACAGGUGGCUGAUCCAAAAGAAGACCGUGUUAGUGAACUCGCGUCAACAGGACCUGAUCAUGAGUUAAUGAUUGAUACCGCUUCACCACCAGAGGAGAUCAAGGAGCGUACUAUACAGUUGAUAAAUUAUAUGAAAGGUAAAGAUGUUAAGGCUGAAGAAUCUGUUACCAGUAUUGAACUGUGGGAUUUUGCUGGACAACACCUGUAUUAUGCAUCCCAUCCUGUCUUUUUAUCAUCACGUGCGCUGUACAUCUUAGUGUGCAACCUCAGCAAGUCAUUGCAUGACAUAUCCAAGCCCUGUGUGAGACAAGGAUCUCGUAAUGUUGAAUUGGAAAACCCAAAUGGAGAGACAAAUCUUGAGAACUUAUUGUCUUGGCUUUCCACGGUGCAUAGCGUCGCACAGAUGAGAAGAGAAACCUGUGAUGAUGUAGAAGAAACGGUGCCUCAUCAUUUGCGUCCCCCAGUGAUCAUUGUAGGAACUCAUGCAGACAGACCAUUUGAAGACAUUGCAACAAUGAAAACAGAAAUCCAGAACGCAAUUGCUGGUAAGGACUAUGAAGGACAUGUGGUGCGGCCCAUCUUCAGCAUUGACAACACUGCGAAAUUACUUCAAAAUAAGAUCAGAAGUGUUUUUAGGAAAGACGAAAACAUUGAUGACAUCCGAGCUCUACAAGUCAAAAUCAUGGAAGUGCUAAGACAGGAGCCUUACUUUGGGGAGGAGAUACCUGUGAGGUAAAUAAUGGUUUUUAAAAACAAGAACACAAUUCCAUUAAAAUUAAUAAUAAUUUCAUCGGUAACUCAGUGACUCUGACGUGACACUAAAGCAUGUCCAAAACAGGGUGUUACCAAACUUAGACUUAAGACAUAAGAGCCCCUAAAAUCGGAUCCGUCGCCGAGAAGUAUAAGUGAAAUUAUAACCGAAGUUAAAGUAUAAACUGUCCAAUUAUCUUCUGUCCGAUCCUUUCCACGGACGUUUUGGUCAAACUGAGCGGUAAAUUUUAGGGGUCUUAGUUUUUGUAGUUUCGAAAACAAAGACCCGUCGUAGUUUUCGUUAUUAUGAAACUGAACUAGGACCCUCAAAAGCGAACCGUAAAAUAUAUAUGAAGUCGGAUUACGACCGUUCAAACACUACAUGAUGCCGCAAAACUAAUAAAAACUAUCAUCAGCUCGAUCUGCGUCUAAUUUGCACACAUGUCAGUUUAUUUUUGCGGACUGGCGAUUCUUUGUGUUUUGCGGUUAGGACAGAUUGGUUUUUCUCGCUGGGAAUUAAUUUUUGCGAUUUUCAAAAAGUAACCAGUACUCACCAUUGAUAAUAUUUUCGUUUUGGUUAAGUACGUGCACUCAGGGUGUAAUAGAAACACAUAUUUUCGAACAGUAUUACAUUAUGCGUACCCUGUGUAAAACCAGUAAUUCAUUGUAUUAAUACCGUUUUGUUUCUGAAUGAAAGAGGCAAGUUGUAAUCGAACAGACACGAUUUCUUAGUACUGUAUCUUUGCGGAGUGAAAUUACGUGAGAGAAUAUUUACUCUGGAGUAAAUUUUUGCGGUAACUUCAGUUUUCUUUGCGGGAACUUAUUUUUGCGGAUCGAUGGAAAAAUUGCAAAAAUUAGAACCCGCGAAAAUUUCGUGCCACACAGUAUCCUCAUUAUCGCUUUCGGAAACGUUACCGCGGGUAGAGGGCAGGCACGGAGGGGUACAACGUUCAUGAUUUUUCUGGUGGGUAUGUGCUGCCGGGUGCCCAAAUUUUGACCCUGUUUUAUAAAGAAUACCCUUUAGGCUAGUAGCUCAAUUUUAAACACACUGUUCUAGAUUUUAGUAACUUUCCAAAGCCCUCCUUUUUUGAAAAACAAAGUUAUUUCGUUGCCUUUUCGACUUAAACUUCGACUUCGACUCAAAAUACGACAAUUUUGUCUUUUUCUGUUUGGAGCGCAAAGCACGAAUGCAGAGUAAUAAUAAUAGACAGUACCUCAACUGAAUAACUAGUGGCCCUCAAACUAAAAUUGUAAAACAAAAAUAUAAUUAAGUAACCAAAAUACACAUCGUUAAAGAAAGAGAACUAUAAAUUUAUAUAUAUGAAAUACGGUAUUACUCGACUUUACCACAGCCUACGACACGCAACAGGGGUUCAACAGUUUGUUUAUUUUUUAUUUUGCGUUCUAUGGCUGUUAGCAAUUUGAAACUUUCAUGAGUUCGAAAUCUUGUAUCCCGUUGUAGGUGAAAGGAAAAAAAAUAUGUAACCCCGUUUUAAAUCAGGAAUCUCAAACUCACUGCCCCGUAUAGCUAUAGCUCCCCCGUAUAGCUAUUUUUGGGGAAUGCCCCUCCACUGGGUUCGGGGGUGGGGGGGCUUUCCACCCCGGUCAAACGUUUAAAACCAUUUUCCUUUCAUUAAGCGAGAUUUAGUCGACUCAGUCGCUGUCAAGUUAAAAUAAGACGAAUGUGCUUUAACUAGUGUCGAAAACCAAUUGGCUCUUUUCACUGAAAAUACCUCCUAGGGCUAAGCAGACUUCUGUCGACAAAUGGCGCGCACAAGUUCCCGGGUCCUAUUUUCAAAUGAACCUUUUAAAUGUCAACGUUAGAUUUUUAGCCGGUAACUCUCUCAGACUAUUUCUCUGUGCCCCCACCCUACCCCGAAACUCCCUUUUAACUUUUCCCUCGGUUUCUGGUGAUCUCCGGGGUGGCAACGAUAAAAAUAAACUCCCGGGAAAACGUAAUAUAGCAUAUACUCUUUUUUUUGCCCUUUUUGUGUGAUGUCUACCGAUAACCCAGUUGAUGAUCGAAAGCGAUUUUGAUAAUAUUCAGGUAAUGCAAUUAGGGUUGCAGCGACAUGUCAGUCGCCAACGAAGACAAAAAUCUAUCCACAGCGGAAUGCCGCUUUUACCAAAAUUAUCGAUAAAUCGGGAUAAAGCAUGUUUUCAGUGUACAAUUUACACAUACGUAUUCUAUGGCUUUCAUCCUUAUGUCUGCCUGAAUUUAUAUGUCUACAAAUUAGAAGAAGCGAAUCGAGCCGAUGAUAGUUUUCAGUAGUUUUACGGAAUAUAUAGAUAGAGGAUAUUACACGGUGGCGCGAAGAUAUGAAUUUUAUUUUCCAGUGGCAAAACAAUAUUUUACGAACGAGCGCAGCGAGUGAGUAAAAUAUUGUUUUUGCCACGACAAAAUAAAAUUCAUAUCUUCUAGCCGCCGUGUAAUGUUCUUUUUAUUAUAUAGACAAAAUGACAUCGAUAAAAUAAUAGAUUUUUAUUCGCCAAAAAGUAAUCGUGACGUUUCAAAUUUACAGUACAGCAAUAUAAGACACUGUUUACAAUGAUCUUCAGAAAUAACACUGAGCUGAAUAGGGCUCUACAAUGACAAACUAUCAGCAAAGCUUUGAAAAAUGUGUAAGUAAAAUUCAAAAACGCAAGACGCCUACAAAUUUCGGAUGGAAAUUACGGAAAUCACGUCAUCGAUAAACUCACGUGUGAGAUUAUGGAAAAUAAACCACUCGGGUCCCGGAUGUAGUUUUUAUGAAUUUUACGAGUGGUAUAUUUUCCAGUAAAACACUCGUGUCUAUAUAAUAAAUAACAAUUAUUCACCGAAGUGGAGGUGGCUAGUGGUGGUUAUUUACCGAGGACGCGAAGUGGCGAGGUAAAUAUACCCAACCACUAGCCACCUCCACUUCGGUGAAUAAUUGUUUCAGUAUUAGUAUAUACUAAAACAGUGAGAUAAUUGAGCACAAAAAUGAUGAUUUUUAACUCAUUUACUGUUGCCAACGAUUACAAUUUUGGCACGCAAUGACCGAACGGCCGCGGUCGUCGCUUUUUCUUGCCGACAAAUAAAACUUUUGAAGGCGUUUGUUUCGCUCUUGUGGGGAAAUUUCUUCAAAAGGAGAUGUGAAUUCUUUUUGUUUUUAAAAUCAUUCUGUAAAAAAGAUUAUUAAAUUUAGUUUUAAGCUUAUUUAUGAAUAACUCAACUAAACAAGGUGACCACUUGAGACCCCACUUAACGCUAAUAGGCCUCUUGCAAUAGUUGCUCACGUGAUCAACUUUCUGUAAACAUGUAAAUAGUUCGCUUUUGGACAAUUCUGUUAGCAGGAACUGAAAGAGCAUGUUAAAAUUAAGUAACCUUUGGAUUUUCAGCUGUAUAUCUAAAAAGUAGCGAUCGCAACGUAAGCGGCCCGCGAAUAUUAGAAGGAAUUGUGUGAGAAAAACAACUCUCGCCACCCAGUCACGCUUGAAUAGUUUUGCAUACAAAUCCUUGUAAAUUUCGAUACUUAUGAACUGUCGCUACGUUUUUCCCUUACGCAGUUAAGGACUCAAAUCGCCUGUUUAGAAUAAAAGGGAGAUUUGAGCCCCAUAAUGCUUCAGGAAAUAAUUUACGACAGUUUGAAAAUUUCCAAAUUUACAAGGGUUUGUAUUGAAAACUGGAUGGCAAGAGUUGUUUUUCUCUUCUAAUUUUUGGCGGUCGUUGCGAUCGCUAUUUUUAAGAUAUAAGGCUGAAAAUUGACAGGUUACCUGAUUUCAAUACGCUUUUUCAGUUCCUACUGACCAUAUUUUCAAAAGCCAACUGUUUUCGUGUUACAAGAAGUUGAUCAUGCGAUCAACUAAUGCAAAAGGCCUAUUAAACCAGCUGUUUUAGGUAAGCCUAUAUUUAUCUUAUUUUUACUUUAGAAAGACCACAAGCAAUAACUACAGUAUGUUUUCCAGUAUCCGGACACUUCAGUUUAACAUUGCAAUAACUUCCCUUUGUUAGUCGCAAGAGCUCGGAAAUUUGGCCCAGCCGGAGAAAAUCUAUUUAGUCCUUAAUAUGACGAAAGAUAAUUUACUUUUUUACGUUUCUUUCCACCGCGAAAUUAAUAUUUUUUCAUGAGAGCUCCUAGGUUGCCCAGUAUCAGGCCAGCUGGCCCAUUAUCCAGCCACAACAAUAACAACGUAAUUGUACGUAAAUUGUACGUACAGGCAAGCGACUAAUAAGCUUCUCUUGCACUUGCAAAGUAGUCUGGCAAUCGAUUCGAAAAAUAUAAAUCGAUCUGGGAACCUAGCAUCGUGAAAUAAAACAUAACAAAUGACUGGGGUAUGGUGGGGAACGCGAGCGGCUGUUAAAUGGUAUAGUUCUUAUUUCCUUGUCUAGGAACUUUUUCACUGAUUUAAGGAACGCAUCCGUGGACAAGCCAAAGCAGCGGUUUGCAAGCUCAAUUAGCCCAUCUGCAAACCGGUCUUUUUCUUCAUUUUUUGUUAAAAAAAAAAAAAAAAAAACUGGCGAAGGGACCUCAAUCUGAGUCAAAGGUCACUCUCCUAUUUAGUCUGACCUACAGUGUUGAUUUCGUCAUGCUCAGUCCCCACAUUUGGCCUGAUUUUUCUACUACUAAUUCCUCCUUCUUUUACACCUGUCAAUCCCGUUGAGACAUUUUUCAGACCGUUCCAACCCCAUUCUAGCAGUCACAACUGGGGAAAGUAUGAGAAUUCCCGGUUUAACUCCGUCGCUUCCGGUUAUAUAUAGAAAAUGCAGUCACGCGAAAUAAGCCGUGCACACGAAAUCAAGUCGCCUCUGAAUGAGUGAAGAAAAUAGAAUUUCCAUAAGGAGUUGAGUAGAAUUACAUUUUACGAUUAUAUCAUAUAUCCUAAGCUUUAAUUAUAGUUAAACAUAUGAAAUAAAUCUUAUCCGGAUAAUGUACGCAGCUAAUUCACCGAUUCUGUACAGCAAAGAAAAAACUGUCCGGAUACUGGGCAGCUGACAUCGAUACUUGGUGAAAGUUUGCGGCCUCCGUUAUUCCAAACAAAUCGAAUUUCAAGAAGAAUUAAUAAAAUUUCUGAGAACCUGACUUCUUUAAAUAUCUUCACUUUAAAUAUAAAAGUCUCUUUGAAAAUAUCACAUGUUACCUACCCUUUUCUGAGCAGCACUAAUUUUACUGCGCAGUAAACAGCGUGAUAUUAGCCAUGAAAAGUUUACUCACCUGAACAGAACGGCUUCUUCUGCGACUGUUUCGCAGCUUUAAACUCGCCAAAACUUUUAUCUUAAAGCUGAAAUGUUCAGCUUUCAUUCGAAAUACUUCGUUUACCGAGAAAAGUGAAAAGAGCGCCUCAAAAACUGAGUUUUUGUUUAAGUGGCUGGAUACUGGUACCGUCCGGAUACUGGGCAACAUACGGUAAUGAAAAAUCUCUAACUUUGCACAUGACCGCUAAACAAAUUCCAAACGUCUUGGCGACUUUUGCUGCAACUUUAGUCGCCACUUUUUUGCUAUAUGGCGACCAGAAUGUUCACAGCUUGGAGCGAUUUUCUUUAGUGAUGUUUACCGCUUCGUUUUGGAACGUGUGCUCUGUAUUGUAGUCGGUGCAAGUAUAGUGUGCAGUGACAUGGGUACUAUAACGCGCGCUAUUUAGUUUCUCUUUGUUUUUAUAAACUAGGUGGCUGAACUUUGAAAAAGUCCUCAACGCUUUACUUUCCAAGCCCAAGCCAGUUUAUUACCUGAGUAUAACGAAGCUACGGACCCAUGCCAAGGAGAAGUGCUUCAUCCAUAGUAAGAAAGAGUUUACCACCAUGGUGAAUUUCUAUCAUGACCUGGGGGUAAUUAUCAAGCACCGUAGCACAGCCAUCUUGAGUACCCAGUGGCUGAUAGACUUGUUCGGGCAGCUGAUCACUAUUCCAGAUUUUGAAGAAAUGGUAAGAAAUACAUUUUAAACAUGUUUUUAAACUUGCAAUGGUUUCUAAUGGCCCACAUUUCGGAUGACUUUACAGGUGUCUAACCGUGCUAUAGCUUAUGAACAUGAUUAUUAAGUGCGUCGCACGCUAUCUCUUUGAAAAUGUUAACUGUUGCAAAUUAUUUGUGAACAACAAAAUCGUAGUGGGUUGGCCCUCUAGUGAAUAUUUGCCCAGUGUAAAACAGUUAGGGUGGACGUUUUCUCGUGGAUAUAAUUCUGAAAUGAAGUCUUACCCAACCAAACCUAUAACAACUAAUUUCAGUAGUAUUAACGCCUGGUCAGCAGUCUUCCUGCAAUCAACCCGCUAUACUCGCUAUACUAUACAGUUAAUCAUUUUCACUGCACCUUCUUUCUUGAACGAUAAAAUAUCCCAAGAGGAUUCUUGUUUCAAUUUCGAAGGACAUCAGGUGACAUCACGAGGUAGCCGCCAACAAUAAAAGGAGCUUAUAACCAAUUUACCUGCAAUUUACCCUUUAUGUAGGCUCAAAGGAAUCGGACAAACAAACGGAGUGAAAAUACAUAUUGUAUAUAUAAACGAAGCCUUACUAUUUACCUCCCAAACUGAUGACGCGCGGAGCGAAUUGCGAAAAAUUUGUAACAACGUCUCAACCUACACAAAAGGUUUGUAAGCGAGAGAAUAAAACUUGUUUACAGGAUUAGCAAUACUCGUCUUGCGUUUCAAACUUCUAAAACAACAAUUUAUAGGCCGCAAACUUCCGAAUUAAAGUCCAUAGUUAUAUAAAUUUCAAUUAUUGUUUCAUUGGAAGAACUUUGAAAAAUAUAUGAUCUUUUAUACUCUACCUUGAAGCAGGUGAAACAGAACUCAUAAAAUUAAUUCUGAAAUACGUGCGUUGUACCGUUCGCGAUAGCCGAAUUAGGUCAAAUGUCUUGAAGCAGCACCCACACAAAAUUAUGGAACCGUCAACAGUUGCAUCACUGUACCCAACGUUUGAAUCAUAAGGAUAUUUCAAUACUAUGCUUCAAAACACUUUUAGCCGUAAUAAAAGGCGAAAAAACUGUGAAGAAUCAAGAUGGCGCUCUCUAAGUGCCCUGGUUUGACCUUAAGCAAUGUCAUUAACGGUUAGAUGCCAAAAUCGCAUUGGUUCCUACGCAUCAAAUCAUAGUACCUUCAACCUUAUUGGCCCUGCAACAAACAUCCGAACAUACAAAGCCACGAAGCCACGAAGAUACAUACUCUCACACCACUGACAUAUGAGCUAUUUUUUCAAAAUAGCUCAAAAAACGAAGAAGUUUAGCUUGUACGACGCAGUAUUGUCUCUUACAUACGCUGACUUUCUUUUGGCUCGUUACGCAACUCUCUCCAACCAGAUUACAAGUAGUCUCUUCCUUAGGGAUAGUGGAGCGAGCGAAUUACGCGAGCGCGCGUGAAAUUUGUCACCCUCGAGGAAGGUGACAAACGCUCCUGUAUUUUAAUCGCUCAGAUAUCCCAGAGGAAAAUAAGGGGCUACUCGUAGUCUAUCCUCAGUAGUAUAUUAGGCAUAGAAUCAGCCUUUUUCACUGUGGAAUCUUCGCUGGAAUACAUAAACGCUGAUGACGUCAUAACCUUUUGUCUUUAUCUCAUGAAUAAAAUGCUGUCAAAUCUCUUUAAAGGGUUAAAAAUAGCACACGACCUUAUCUUAGAGCCAGUUUACAUCGAGGUGGAGGACCCUAGGUAGGUGAGGUAACCCGCUGCUGGUCACCGCAACAAUCAUGUAAACGUGGUCAAAUUAAAAUGGGACAUUAUUUGGACAGGCGGGUUACCUCACCUACCUAGGGUCCUCCACCUCCAUGUACACGGGCCCUAAGAUAAGGUUGUGUGUUAUUUUUAACCCUUUGGACAGGUUUUCCCGUUAUUUCUUGGUAGAUGAAGGUCUUGCUUUUUGAUUGGUUGACGACUACAUGUAAGAACUAGGAAAAGUAUUCAUUGGUUGAUCCAGGUUGUUGAAGGAAUAAGCGCUAACUCGCCUGCGACGUAGUUAUGCAAGUUACAUUUCAUACCGCUUUCAUUGUUCAAUAAGUUGUUCAGGUUUACUACGCGCGCAAAUCGUUAAUUUUUCAUGAGUACGAAGCCACACUAUCCAUUUCUAUCACGAAAAACGUUUUUCCACUUUCCCACAUCCCUUUUUCCUUUUCCACAUUUCAUUGUUUCACAUUGUUUCCUUCCACCACGACAACCACGUUUCUAUAGUUUUCUCUCGGCGCGAGGUUAUGGUGAACGUUGUGAAGAAAAGAAAACUUAACUUCGUAAAUCUUCUAACGUGAUUGGAAAGAAUUGUGUGACGAACCAAACGGAGGGCUGCUUAGAAGACUAUCCUCUUUACUUUUAUUCACACAGUAGUACUUGUUAGGCAGACUACGGAACUUUUUCUUUAUAUUCGUCCCCACACAAAAACGGGAAACUCAAGAUCUUUUUCUUUGUUUGUUAAUUAAAAUAUUAAAUAAAAUAACCAAUAAUUUCCAAGUGCAUUAAUUAACUGGCUCAAAAUUCUCCUAAAAAAUUUCACUAUUUCAAGAAAGUUUUUUGUCAUUGGCCUCCACCUUAUUCUGUUUUAGGUUCCUAAGGUUGCCAAGCACUGGAAGGAAGUUAAAGAAAGCGGUGUUCUCUCCAUGGAACUGGUUGAUCUUGUGUUUUCCAACUUUCUCCUGAAGGGUGUUGCCAGGAAAGACAUUCUUGAUUUGAUGGAACGAUUUGGAUUGAUUGCAAAAUUUUCAUCUUCAAAGACAGGUGAAAAGUAUUUUGUUCCAUCUCAACUCAAAGCUUCGCCUGAUUCCCUUUGUUCCAUGGCGCCCUCUAGGCUGGACCCUUGUCCCCUGUAUGUUUACUUUGUCAGCGGUUCUGUUCCCCAUGGUCUGUUCACUCGGCUUGUUUCUCGAUCUGUCCGUUGGUGUUCUGAAGCUGGUCCUACUCAGCCCCCUACCCUGUUCCAAAAUCGAGCGUGGUUUGUUAUUGGGAAGCAAACUUUCCAUGAUUUUGUUCUUAUUUGUAAGAAACAGUUGAUUAAGUUUUUUAUCAAGCAAAGAAACCAAACUCAGCAGAUCUCAGUAGAUGACACAAGUGAGGUGGCGGUGCAGGUUCGUAAGUUUGUGGAGGCAACUUUGCAAGUUUUGUCACGUGAUCUCUAUAAAGGUGGAUUGCAGUAUCAUAUUCGGGUUGCCUGUCCGUAUUGUCAGCGGGAAAAAUGUUCAAGCCAUAAUCAGAUUGCAUGUUCUCAUGAAGAUUGUCUUCACCUCCUUGAGUUAAGACAAGGCGAUCCUCUGAUUUGCAAGAAGAAACCUGCAGAGGAGGUACUCACGGUUACGGGACAAGAAAAGUGGUUUUCACAAAUAGAAAGUAAGGUAGGUAGCAGUGAAAUGCAAUAUCUAGCAGUGCUGUUAACAUAUUACAUAUCACUCGAAUACACAUACUACUUAAAAUUGUGUCUUUAUAAAGAGUAGCCACAGUGACUGUAGCCAUAUAUUUAAACUAAAGAGGCUUCAACAAAGUCCAUGGAUGUGCUUUAUUAAGGUUAUGGUAUGAGGUUUAACGUAUGCCUUUAUUUAUCUUACCACGAGCUCCACUGGAGUGUACGACAAGGCUUUGUUGCUAUCAACUUAGCGAACAUUGGUACUUAAAAUCAAGAAAGUUGAUAAGGUCAAUUGGCUACCAUGUAUUAAUAAUUGUUAUUGGCGUGUAGGCAUAGCAGUUGGUAUAUAACUUUUUCUCAAGGUCUUUGUAAAUGCAUGUGAUGUUUUUCUUUGCGGGUGGGCAAUAAGUUUGUAGCAUCUACCGUGUUGAUAACAUGUUUUGCAAACUUUCAUUCAAAAAGCCCCUAGAUAUUAAAUUUCUGUUUUAAAGUAUCCAAUUUUGGUUCCCAUGCAGGAAGCGUGUUCUCCAUCAUCAUCACCUGAUACUGCACAGGUUCGUCCAGAGCGUCUGGAACUGAAAGUUACCCUUCUAGCGAAUGAGUGGGGCUCGUCUAAGGGUGGCUUGUCAACAAUAAACAGGACUCUUGCCAUACAUUUGGCAAAAGACGAAAACGUAGAAGUGACCAUUCUUGUACCUGAAUUUGAGUGUCGAGAAAAAGACAAGAGAGUUGCCAAAAGUCACAACAUUUCCAUCAGGGAAGCAGGGCAUCUACCUGGCUUUAGUGAUCCUCUUGACUGGUUGAGCUAUCCACCAGAAGACCUUGACAUUCAGGUUGUGAUCGGCCAUGGAGCAAAGCUUGGUAGACAAGCACAGAUUAUCAGAAAGUCUCAUCGAUGCAGGUGGGUGCAGGUUGUUCACACUGAGCCUGAAGAGCUGGCAAUGCAUAAGAACUAUCCAAGCGCCAUUGCCAAGGGAGAAGGGAAGAACAGAGCUGAAGUUGACCUUUGUCAAAUUGCAGAUCUCGUUGUAGCCGUUGGACCCAAGUUGAAAGAAGCGAUCUCGUCCCAGUUGCGUUCAUCUCGUCGAGAAGUCUUUCUAUUUGUACCAGGUUCCUUUACAGAGUUUUCAGAUGUUGAGCAUUCUGAACAAGAGAAUGUAAAUUUCAAAGUGUUAACCUUCGGUCGCGGUGAUUUCGAAGACUUCAGUCUUAAAGGAUACGACAUUGCCGCUCAAUCCAUAGUUGAAUUGAAGGACAGCUCCUAUAGUCUUGUUUUCGUUGGUGCAUCCGUUGGAAGGCAGGAUGACGUCGCAGAAAUCUUACUCCAGACUGGCAUUUCAAAGAACCAGCUGAUUGUGAGAUCAUUUGUGAAAGACAAACAAAGAUUGAGAGAGUUGUUUUGUGAAGUCGAUCUGGCCAUCAUGCCAUCAAGAACUGAGGGGUUUGGUUUGACAGCAUUGGAAGCCAUGUCAGCCGGUCUUCCCAUUCUGGUAAGUGGAAACUCGGGAUUUGGAAAAGCGCUGCGUGGUCUUCCAAUGGGUGAGUCAUUUGUGAUCGACUCUGAUGACCCCAAGGAAUGGGCCAAGGCAAUUGCAGCCAUCCGUCAAAAAUCAAGGAUACAGCGGCUUGAGGAAAUCCAAAGACUGCGAGGAAGUUAUGAUGAAAGUUUUUGUUGGGAGGGACAGUGCCAGGCCCUUGUUGACAGGAUGUGGAAGAUGGUCUAUGGUAAGAAAUCAAAUUUACCGAUAGAAAAGUAACGAUAAUAAUAAUAAUUAGUACCUGAUGAUUUUCAAAUGCGUAUCUUUUCAGUAUUAUCCUCCAUUUGGCCUUCAUAAUUCAUUGCUGUAUAUCCGUUGCUUCUGCUUUAGCGAUUGCAAAAAAAACAUUUUUACUAUAUUAUGUUUCGUGGUCCAUGUGCAUCCCUGCAGAAAUAUUUUUGUUAAACUUUUAUUCUUAAUAUAGGGAUUCACAUUCUCCACACUGUUCUUCAUACAUUCCUUGGGUUACUGAUGAGGAGAUUUUGUUUAACAAUCAAGAUAUUUUUUUACCGGCUGAUCAAUUCCAUUUUUUAAAACUUUCAUGUAUAAUUUUAUAACAUAUUGGCUACAAUUGGAAGAGUGAGCGAUAAAUUAAAAUUUUAACUCUAUAAGACUGCGAUACAUCAAAGUCAUCUGAUUUCUAUUCAUAUCGAGCAGCAAUGGUGGGUUGUCACAAAAAAUGAAGGUUGGAAUCGUUCAUUUUUUUUAAGAGUGACAUAGUUUUCUGUAAAUCAUCAAUUUUUUAAACUUUACAGGUCUUGAAAAAAACAGAGAAGAUGACGUUCCACAGAACGACUGUGAAAAAGAUGCUGCAACAGAAGCGAUAGCAGGUAAUUCCAUUGUUUGCUUUGUCAAUUAAACCAGUAGAGUGAGGUUAUUUUCUUCUGUUAAACCAGGGUACUUUCGAUUUUUCGGGUGCUUUUAGCUUUUCAAUGCUUAGUGUAGCAUCUCCAAGUAAACUGACGUAAAUAAUGUUUCCCUCUCCCGCUUACAGGCCAAACCAUUUAAAUUUAUUGCUAAUUUUAAACUUUUGCAGGUGUUGAAAAAAACCGAGAAGGUGACGUUCUAAAGAAUGACUUUGAGAAAGAUGCUGCAACAGGACCGAUAGCAGGUGAUGUCAUUGUUUGCUUUGCCAAUUAAACCAAAGCCAAAAUAUAUUUUCGCAGUAGAGUGAAGUUACUAACUUACUAGAAUGACUCUGAAGUUUAAUGCUUUGAAUAUUUUCAUUUUAAUUUUGUAUGGAAUUUUAGACUUUUAUUUUUUAGAUUUUCGCAUAGCAUGGAAUUUUUUUAUUAUUAUUAUUGUUAUUAUUAGCUUUUCAGGAUUUUUUUGAUUGUAACUUAUGUUAAGCGCUUUUGAAUAUUUUAUAGUUCUAGCACUAUACAAAUUCUCUAUCAUUAUCACUAUCACUAUCUCCUAUUAAACUGGCGUGAAAUAACCUCUUCAUGUAUCUUAUUUUGUCUUUUCAUCUUCCGCUUACAGGCAAACCCAUUUUCCUUGCACUUCAACAAACCCUGUUGGAAGCACGCAUAG